UUAUUAAAAUAAUAAUAAUAAUAAACCGUCUCAAGUUGAAGUUCCCUCACCGUCGAGCUGGCUGCUUGCAAGUGGCAACUAGGAAGUGACCGAAACGAUGAGUUGAGCUCCUGGGUAUCGCCAUCCUUCUUCUUCGGAGCAACCGUACAAAGAAGAGUGUUGUGGUCACUCAACCUCCCUCGCCGUUUUAAAGCCUGAACCCGGGACCAGUUUAUUGUGAGCCAGUCAAGUUCGAUGAUAUUCAUAACUAACAUCUACUGAAACACGCCUCUGAAACGUCGUCGUAUUUGAGGUUACUCUAUACUUCUAUCCUACAUAAUUAAAAAAAAAAAAAAAAAUUCAGGCACCUGCUGUAGCAUAGAGGAGUUGGUUCAUCUCUGAGAAUAUGGAAACACGUUACAUUAUUUUUUUGGCGGUUUUACUGUUACUACUUGAUAAUGGCUGCUCUGCUGUUGAUGGGAAGGGAAAUGUAGAUACAAAUUCUGGGUUAGAUUCGGAAUCCAAAGGCAAGGCUGGUUCAAAUGAGGAAACAGGCGGGUCAGACUCGGUUACAAAGUCUGCUGAAGUUGAUAAAGCGAAAGGAGAUAAAGAGGAUCAACGGGAUAAAUUGAAAGAGAGUGUAAAUAUUAGGAAAUAUGAUAAUUCGACUACCCAAAAUGUGCAGAAGAGUAACGAAAAUAACUCGACCAAGGAAAUGGGUUCAAAGGAAGCUGAAAAUAUGCAGAAGAGUAGUGGUGGUACUAAUGAGGAAUCAAGAGCUAAGGAGGGGGAUAAUGACAAAGGGAAAUUGAGUGAUGAGACAAAAUAUAAAGAUUUGCCUAAAGAGGCUGGCACCAUAGAUGAUUCCAAAGCAACAACAAGGAAAAGGACUCAGGAUGAAAAAUGUGAUUCAUCUAAUAAGUGCAUGGAUGAUGGUAAAAAUUUUGUUGCUUGUUUGAGAGUUCCCGGAAACGACUCUCCAGCUCUAUCACUGUUAAUCCAAAGUAAAGUUAAAAGCCCUCUAGGUGUCACAAUUUCCGCUCCUGAACAUGUUCGGCUAAAGGAAACAGAUGUUCAACUCAAAGAAGAGGGACAUGUAGAGCUCACGUUCUCUGUCAAAAAGAGAGGAAUUGACAACGUAAUCAUGUUUAUAGGAAAAAAUGGUAACUGCAGUCUAGAUUUUAGUGAUUUAAUAGCACACAAUUGGGAAGAGGAAUCUGAUAAUACUCCCGAGUCUACAUAUUUCAGUUUCAUGCAGCGAAAGUCUACCCUUGUAUUUAUAUCCUUAACAGCCCUACUCAUACUAGCAGCAGGUUGUAUGUGUGCCAGCAUUCGGUGGAAGCAUUUUUCCAAUAGCAGCAGCACUAAAUAUCAAAGACUAGAUAUGGAGCUGCCAGUUUCUGGUGCACCGAAAUUAGACUCAGAUGCCGAUGAUGGAUGGGAGAACGGUUGGGGUGAUGAUUGGGAUGAUGAGGAAGCACCCAAGACUCCCUCAAUGCCGGUUACCCCAAGUGUUUCUUCUAAAGGCCUUGCUUCUCGGCGGUUGAACAAGGAGGGCUGGAAGGAUUAGUUGUCUUUAGUUUCAACAAACUCUCUAAAUGAUGGAGAAAAUAGGAUGAGUUGAUUCUCAAAUGUAAUUUAAUAUCCUUUGGCUUUUGGUAUUAUUUGAGGGAAGGGGCUCAUUUAUGUACACUCUUGAGCUGAUUCCAAUAGCCUUUUUUGUUUCUGCUAAAUGAUGAUGCUAUUUGGUUCUUUACUAAUGCCUUACAAUUGUUAUUAAGAGUUAAUUAUACAGGUUUCCCUUGAA